AUGGCUGAGAUAACGGGGGCGUUAGUAUUAAAGGGAGCUACUGCGUUAGGAUCAGCCGCAAUUACAAGCAAGCUGUACGACGACGGGAGAAACUGGAUUGCUCCUCCAGCUGGCGAAAUCAAGGAGCUUACUGAAGAUGUGGAAACGAAUUAUCAACGGAUGAAAGACAUAGCUAAAGUUCUGUAUGGUAUGAGAGAUGACGUACUAUCCAAACUAAAUGAGGAAAACAAGCCUACCCUACAAUGCCAGGCGUGGAUUGAUAUGGUCGAUCAACUCGAAAAAGAGGUGAAGACUCUCGAAUCCAACUAUCCCACUCAAAAAGAGAAAGUUUUUCGUUUCAAUUUUAGCAAAAACCUGAAAAAGAAACGCGAUGAACUAAUACAUUGUCUGGAACUGAAAAGCAAAAUACAAGAAUUUGUGGAGAGAAUACCACCCAUCAUUAGAGUUCCGGCACCAGAGUUGAAAGAAAAUACAUCUCUCCACGAGGUUUUUGUAAAGAUGACAGACCAUUUUGAAGAUAAGGAAGUAAAAAGAAUUGGACUUUGGGGGACAGUAGGAGUUGGGAAAACGGUUAUCAUGAAAAAUUUGAACAACAGUGAACAAGCUAAAAAAGUGUUCGAUAUAGUCAUUUUUGCUACUCUACCUGACGAGAUGAACCAAGAAAUGGUGAAAGAUGAAAUGAACGAAGACAGGUUGAGAGAGCUUAAGCGCGAAGCUUUGGAAUUGGCAAAAGAAAAGUUGAGACGGGAAAUUGCUGGACGGCUCAAUUUGAAAAUAGAAGGUUCGGGAGAAAUAGGUAUAAAUGUUAGAAUAUCAGAUAAGUUGAAAGACAAGAAGUAUUUGUUUCUUCUGGAUGAUGUUUGGGACAUAUUUAAGCUGGAUGAUAUUGGUAUCUGCAACAAUGACAAGGGCAGUAAGGUGAUAUUAGCAUCAAGAGAACUGAAUAUUUGUCGCGCUAUGGAUUCCGAUGACACUAAACAGGUGGAAUUACUGCCAAUAGAAGAAGCAGUUGCAUUGUUUAAGGAACAAUUGGGUGCAAAAGGUAAAGAUCUGGAAUUUAGAGGAAUCGCUUUGCCAGUUGUUAAACAUUGUUCUUGUUUGCCAUUCUUAAUAGAAAAAGCAGCAGGGUAUUUCAAGCAGAAAGAUAGUAGCCUCUGGCGGAAAACGUUGAAGGACUUUCAGAAAUGGCUUUACAAGGACCGUGAUGGCAUGGUUGAAUUCCUUAAUAAAAUUAGAUUUUGUUUUGAACAAUUGGAUGAUAAAGAUAAAAAGCUUUGCUUUCUGUAUUGUGCUUUACACACAGAUGGUUGUGAAAUUUACGCCGACCAUUUGGUAGAAUGCUGCACAGCAGAAAAAUUUGUUCCCGAUGUGGACACUGGGCAUGUUAAGGUGGCUGAGCUAAUAGACGCAUCUUUGCUGGAGAAAGAUGAGAAGAAGAAAUGCCUAAGGAUGAACAAAGUGCUUCGACAUAUGGCACUGAAGAUCUCAUCAGAACGUGAAGAUUUGAAAUUUUUUGUAAGAGCUGGUGGAUUAGAAAAGCCCAUAAGAUGUGGAGACUGGAAAGAGGUGAAACGAAUCUCUUUGAUGGAUAACAGUGAUAGAUUGAGCUUUUUACCAAGAAAACCUAAAAGCACCAAUCUAUUGACCCUGUUUCUUCAAAGAAACGUUACUUUAACUACUAUUCCUCGCAAUUUCUUUAAGUUUAUGCAAAAUCUCCUUGUUCUAGACCUUCACGGCACCAAAAUCAGAAGAUUACCAUCUCCAUUUUGCUUGAAAAGUCUGGAAGUGCUUUACUUGAGUUGUUGUGACCAAUUGAUGGAACUCCCCUCUGUAAUGGAGCUUGAGAAUCUUGAAGUUCUUGAUAUUCGGGGUACCGGUAUUUAUUUUUUGCCAUCCCAGAUCAGCAAUAUGAAAAAGCUAAGGUGCUUACGCUUCUCGAUCAAUGGAGAAUCAGACAGGGAGGAAGAACAUCAGGGUGUCAUUUCCAAUCUCUCUUUACUUAAAGAAUUGGUCAUUGAAGUGAAAGCAGGAAAUCAGUGGUGCAACAAUGUUGUAAAACAGAUGACAAGAGAGGUGGCUAAAUUGACAGAAUUAAAUUCUCUUUCAUUUUGCUUUCAUGAUAACAAUUCUUUCAAGACCUUUCUUCACAAUAGCGAGCUGUGGCAAGAUCCUCACCUUACAUUUCAAAUAUGUGUCGGUGAUCAGCGUUAUUCCACCAGGCGUUUGAAAUCUGAUAAUGUUGCAAGCACAGUAUUAUCGAGCUUGGUUGUUGUAAUUAGCAAUGAUACCUAUAAACUCAUUGCCUGCAAGGAAGCUUUGAGCCUAUCAGACUUUGGUAUUGAGAAUAUUAAUGAGUUGAAGUGCUGCAUAAUUGAAGAGUCCAAAGAGAUAUUAACAGUUAUCAAUGCUCCUCGAACUAAGGAAGGGGUACUAAAGAGAUUGGAGAGAAUUUACAUCAACAAUGUGCUGAAGUUGGAAAGUAUUUGGGAAGGCCAUGUACCAAAUGGAAGCUUAUCACAUCUUACUGUUCUUUGUUUAUCCAAAUGCCCAAGCCUGACAAAGAUAUUUUUCCCUGCGAUAAUUAAACAGCUUUCUAAACUUAAACAUCUGCAAAUUGAACAUUGUGGUGAAAUUAAGCAGAUAAUUGGAGAAUCUGAAAGUGAUGAGUUGGAACAUUUAAAGCUUCCUAGUUUGACAACAUUAGUGCUUCAGGAUUUGCAACAAUUAACAAGCAUUUUGAAGAAUGACUCAAAUUGCCCUGCUUUUAGCCUGCCACAACUGGCUGAUCUUCGUUUGGUUAACUGCCCAAUUCUGAAGCUCUUCUCUGACAUGAUAAAACAGGUUUUCAAUCUUGGAUAUCUCAAAAUUGAGGAGUGUCCUCAAAUUGAGCAGCAGAUUGCUGAAUAUGCGAAUAAUGAUCGCAACACUACAGCUUCCUAG